UCUCGUCGAGGCAAGUUUUUCCUUGUUGAUCUGUACUGACCACAGCCGAUUGCCAAACUGAGGGAAUUGAACUUAAAAAAUGUGUGGAGAGGAGUUUCGCUUGAGAAAUUUCAAAUUCUGGCAUCCUUUCUAUCGAGAUUUUUGCGAGUCUCGGUGGCUCUCCUUGCCUGUGUUCGUGGCGUAUCGCUUGAUAGUCACAGCCUACAACCUUGGAUGGCUUGGUUACAACAUUUACGAGUUCCGCGCAAAACUUUUCAUUUUCCUAACAAACUGGACCUUCCUUAUCUUGAACAUUUACUUUGUCUUUGGAACCACGCUCUCUUGUAUCGCCCUCCAUCAAGACCGAAAGAUGCUAAAGAAACCUGCACGCAUGAGAAGUGGUCAAGUUGGACCAACUGAAGACCUGGAAAUGGGGCCUGGUAACAACAGCGAUGACGUCGACGGCCGCGAGGUUGAUGCCUUGCGGUGGCAUCAUAAAAUAUUCUGGUUCCUUUACGUUCUAUCAGCAACAGGAGGAGUGUGGAUCACCGCUGGAUACUGGACUGUUCUGUUCGAAGGCGAUCCUGUCGACGCCAAUAACAUCACAAAGCACGCGCUGAACACCGUUUUCAUGGUGAUUGACACUUUUCUGAGCAAGAUUCCAAUCCGUCUCCUCCACUGGGUCUACCCUCUUUUAUAUUUGGCCAUAUAUAUUCUUUUCUCAGUGAUUUACUGGUUGGCUGAUGGCACCAAUAAUAAUGGUGAACCUUUCAUCUACUCCGCCUUGAAUUAUAAUGAUUUCCAGUUGACCUUUGGUAUUCUUCUGGUAGUUUUCCUUCUUGUGGUUCUACCAAUUCUACAUCUGAUAUUGUUUGGUGUAACCAAGUUACGAGAUCAUUUGUCUAAAAAGUGACAUGACAGGCCAUAAAAUGCCAUCUGAACGUGGUUCGUGCGCGGUACAUGUAUUUUUUUGCAUGUGACAAUGACAGAGAUGACGAUGACGAUGUUGAUGUUGAUAAUGAUGACGAUGAUGGUGCUGCCAAAGGUGUUGAUGGUAAUAUAGAUUGAUUCUUUUUUGAUGCGCCAGCAGCCAUAAAACUGAGGAUUUACCAGCGCUUUAAAGUAUUCUGAAGCUGCUAAUUACAGUGAUUUUUCAUAACAAUGUUCUCUUGUGAUUCAGCAAAAAGGCUAUGACUGUCCAGUUGGUCUGCGAGCAGGGUCUUGUGCAGGACUCGCGUAUUUCCGCCAGCGGGAAGAUUUAAAGCGAGUCGGGGAGAGGUUUUCCGAGGGUCUGGCACUAAUCAUCAAUGCUAGACCCGUUGCUGCUGUUUCGCCGGCUAAUGUUUAUCAUGGCCUCAUACCUUUCCGGGUGAAAAGAAACGCUCGCGUCGAAGUACUAAGGAUUGGGUCCUGCUCGAAGGCUAUUGUCUAGUAGGCUCCAUAGUUAUCUGACGCUGAUAUAUUAGAGAGAUUUAAUUAGCAUAGCGUUUCCGUAAAAGUGAACGGCAAGAGUGACCACGUGACCUUGUUGUUCCCGCCAUUUUGUCACGUUUGCCGGUUACGCUUUGCCGUUUCUACGUGAACGUAACCUGUUUCGCGUUUGCCGUGUACGUAAGAUUUUCAUCACUUAUUCUCUCACAGAGUAGAAGGUAAUUACCGGAAAAAGGGCACAAAAGCUAUUCCUUGUAAGCCAUACAAAGAUAUCAGUCUUUGCCUUUCUGUAUUAGACCUCAGAAACAGAUCAGACGAAAUCGAUUUCGUCUUACGUUUUCGAACAAAAACAACUUGUAGUCGGGCAGGAACCAACCCAUAAAGAAGACUUUUGUAAUCGUUAAAAAUCACUGCGAGUUAUCACAACCGCAAGGUAAAAUAAGAUAUAAGUCUCACAGGACUUAUAUACAGCAAUUAUUUUGUAAAAGUUUUAAAUUAUGAGCUUCAGUAUAAAACUGAGAUAUAUGAGAUUCAGUAUUAAACUGACAGUGGUUUUACUAAAUUUUGUUCUUCCGCCACUUCACCGGCCAUUUUACUAUAUCAGAGUAGUGGAAAGCGCAGAAUAACGCCAGGGUACUGCACUGAAAGACGGGGCAAAAGUACGGACGAAAAGCGAGGAAAGGAAAAUAGGCGCGUUGAACGAUCCAAAUUGUUUUUCGUUUGAACUUCUGAGGAUGAAUAUCACGCGUAUUUUCAGAAGUUGUACCGUGCAACCUAUAUACUUGUGCAAGUGUUAAACAUAUAAUAUGCGUUGACAUUUGCGAGCUGCAUCGUGCAUGAACAAUGAGCAAAAUUUCCUUUCUUACAGUGUGUUAAACCAUUGAAUCAGGGAUUUAUUAUUCUAAUACGGAUUAUUUCAUUUUCUAAAAUUUCAGCUAUAUAACCAUUAGUCGUCAAAGAAAAAUAAUCGAAAAAAAUUUUCUCUCAAACGUAAGGGAAAGAAGUUAACCGUCAGCCGAAAUUUUUACCGUAAAUCUGCCACCACCUAUUGAGGAGGGUGGCAAAGGGUUUAUGCGUGACGCGUGAUGAGCGGCAUCUAGUAAAACAGGACUGGACUGGAUUUGUAAAACAAGGACUGGACUGGAUUAGUAAAACGCGGACUAGAUUAGUAAAACAUGGAUUAGUAAAACAUGGAUUAGUAAAACAUGGAUUGGUAAAAUGAACGCUAAAUAGGGCGAGCUACAUUUUAUCUUACUUUUAGUAGUAUUUUAUCUUACUUUUUUACUCUUACUUUUCAUCCAAAUUAUUUCACACAAAAUAGACAGUUUCAUUUAAAUACUGAUGUUGUCUUUGCCCACCAGCAGGUGGUUUCAAUCAAAAACAACAUUCCUUUACCAUUGUUUUAUUUGAGUGGAAAAUGACAGUUGUGAAAUAGACUGUGCUGACAAAAAACUACAAGCGACUAAAACGUGACGCUUGAGUAACCGUACACGACAGAAACGUGACCCUAGACGGCCCAGAGUAACCGUUACCUUCCUUGAUUUCCUUCGCUAAGAUUAUGCAGUGCAUGGAGUAUUCUAAAAUUUGAUAAACCUUACUUUUGCUGCUAUGAAUCUUACAUUUAUUAGAGGUCAGAAAGCUUUCUCAGUGUUUCAUACAAAUUGGGAACAUAUCAGUUUACCUUGCGGUCAAGGUCAACUUUCCAUAAUUUGGAAUGUACAAUGUGACUGGCUAGGAUCACAGGGGGCCCAGACAAGCGACAAGUCUGGUUGUUUAUUCGAAAUAUAAAGGAAUGUAUG